AUGGCAAAGCAGAGGGCCAACCGAAUGUCGCCAGCAUGGUGGGAGGAGAAGAGAGAAACCAUUUGCGAGCAAUACAUGAACAAAACUCUCCAAGAUGUGAUCGUCUAUCUCCAGAAAGAGUACGGUGUCAAGGUCACCAAACGCCAGCUCGUUUACAGAUUGAACCUUUGGAACUGCAGGAAGUACAGCACUGGAGAUGGAGAAGAGGGUACUGCUAGCUCACCCUCCAUCGAAAGCGACGACUACGACAGCAGCGAGGAUGGCGUCGGCCACGAUGAGGACAUUUGCUCCAAAUCGCAUGAAAUUCCCGACAGUAUCGGCGGACACCAAAGCCAGACGCCUGUCAUGGUCGAGGCCGCAAACACCCAGCUCGCCGUGUGCGAUGGGAAGGGCGCCUUCAACAAAUACGUCAACGCUAAGCUCAACAUGAACGACUUCCACGCCAUGACUGCCAUCGCUCGAUCUGCCGAAACCGAUGAGCAGUGUCGUUUCGCGAUGAAGUCAUUAAAGGAGUGCAUCUUUCCCCAGCCCGGCAGCAGUCACUGGCCAUUCUAUUGCCUGCUUUACGUCCUCGUGUGCGACUCGAUGAACGAUCACCUUGAGGAGGGUAUGCUAUCACACAUCAGGAACGCCGUUUUAUCUAUUCUCAACGAGGGGAAAGCCUUCUUGGCGAAGCAAGACGGAUCCAUCGACAUGGUCGGCUAUGCGCUCCUGGACAAUCUCGACCUCAAUCAUCGCCAACACUUGCUCGACCCAAUCGACGCGAAACGUCUGCAGACCCUCCUGGAAGAUUUCGAAUCUCGCAACGGAACCAGCCGCUCGCAUCUGCAAGAAGACAGCCCGUCACCUCUCAGAUCACUGCAACAGUGCGUCGCCUGGUGCCACAAAGCGCUAUUCGACGUCUCUCGCGACGCCUACCGCACGAACCGCCCCGACACCAGCGCCCGUCCGACCCCGGACCAGAUGCUCUGGAAAGACUACAUCGAGGUCUUCGGCACGCUCUGGCACAUCCUCAUGACGGAUGGCAGGUCCACUGGGAUCUGGCCGCAGUGGGUUUGCACCUCCGUCGACGUCUUCAACCUUCCUCACGCCGAGUUGUUGUCCUGCGUCUGCUGGCUCAUCGUCCAGUCUGCCGCGUUACUUCACAGCGACGAAAUCGCGGCCGACGACUUAGUCACCCGUUUUAGGAACGCCGGUGCGGCCGCGCACCAGCUGUUCCAUUCGAGCCAAGAGGAGGUGACCCUGUGGCACGACUUCUGUCAGACGUUUUUGCGGCUGAACAGGCCCACGGCCGCCGACACACCGGAGAACAGGGCGUUUGGGGCUUUUAUCAAUGGGGAGUUUGAGGUCUUUGUUAGGAACACCCUUGAGAUUGGCGAUGAUUGCAGCUUGGCAUUGAGGUUGCUCUGA